AUGAACACCAAUAGCACGACUGGCCUGCUCAAUAGGCGCGCUAAAAACGCUGUUGCGCCUCAGUCCGUUGUCAAAGACCAAAAUAAUAGCUACAUUGUCGCGCAUAGUGAGGAAGAUGAUCCGAGCAUUUACAAGCCGCGACCACAACUGCCGCACCCGAACGUUCACAUGCGAGAUAUGGCGAGUCUGAUAAAGGAGCUCGAAGAUGGCAUCAUCGAUGUUGAUCCGGAAUACCAGCGGGAAGUUGUUUGA